AUGGCUGGUCGUCGUAUUUUGGUACGCGGCACCCCUUAUCAGAUCGAAGAACAGAUUGGUUAUGGGCUUCAUAGCCUUGUUUAUGGUGGUAGGGAUUUGCGUACUGGUCAACCGGUAGCUAUUAAAAUCACUAAUUUUGUUCAUGGAUCAGUCGGCGUCAAAGCUGACACUGAAUCUCGACAGCAAUCAUUUUUUAAAGAAAUUCGAAUGCUCUUAUAUUUACAACGAUUAAAUCCAUAUAUUAUUCGUGUAUUUGCUCAUGAUUAUAAUAACGGACAGGGUAUAAUUGUUAUGGAACGUGGUGAAACAUUGCGCGAUACAUUUAUUGAAUACAUGAUUAAUGGAAUGCCUCUCCCACCAUUUCUUGUACAUAGAUUUUGGUCACAAAUGGUUGAAUCUAUUUUUUAUAUGCAUCGAAUUGGAAUUGUUCAUGGUGAUGUUAAACCGGAGAAUUUUAUUCAAGUUGGAUCAGAUCGUACAACUUUGCGACUAAUUGAUAUGGGUAUUAGUUUUCAAUUACCACCAAAUGUUACAAGUCGCUUAAAAACAGCUGCUGGAACACCAGAUUAUGUUUCUCCAGAAAUGGUUAGUUCUCGAGUUGGUUCAAGUUCACGUUCAAAAUGUGGUUAUAAAGCUGAUAUUUGGGCGCUUGGCGUUAUUCUAUUUGAAAUGGCAUUUGGUUAUCGACCAUUGCAAGGAUUGUCUACCAAUUCAGAAAAGUUAAGAUUUUUAGGUUUCUUACAUCAAGAUAUUAAAAUACCGAAACAUCCUAAUAAAAAUUUGCGUAAAGUACUCCAAGGUUGUUUACGAGCUAACCCACGUCGACGUUUCACUAUUGAAGAAGUGUUUGGUCAUCCGUAUGUCAUGGAAGGCUAUUAA